GCAAACCGUCCACCACGAUGCGCAGCCGCCUCCGCGACACUCUCCGUUCUCGUCGGUCCUUCCUCGAAGGCUCGGCCCCCACUGCGCCGGCGCUGCUGGCGGCUGGCCGGCGCUGCCGCAGAGCACCUCGGAGACGGCUUGCAAAUCAGGACAUCCAUGCACAGCGCACGCCCUAAUUCUAUCAUAUCGUGCCCCAGGUACACCUCAAACCCGUCCCCCGUCCGGCCGUCCCCAUGACAUGCCGAGCGUGCUGUCCCGCUCCCCCGGCAAGGUGCCGGCAGCCGGGCCGCGGCACCCUUGUUCUCCCGGCGGCUUCCCACUUCGUCUCUGGGAUUCGCUGCCACCAGUACCCAAAAAGCUCUCCUCGCCUCACCUUUGCCCACGCUGCCAAACACACCUUCAGGCUUGCUUCCACUGAGGCACGCCGCCUCAAGGUUCGUCCACCUUUCCUCCACUGGACUAGCGUGCGGACUCGGAAGAUUUCUUCAUGUUUCGCCUACAAAGCAACUGGUUUGCACAACUCGCUAAACAAUGACGCUAUUCAGGAUGAAUUUGAUUCUGAGAGAUCGGCGUCUCCUUUCUCGGUUGCUGGAUUUUUUAGCAGGAUGUCAUUCUGGUGGAUAAAUCCCUUGAUGAAGAAGGGUUACAGAAAGCCUCUUGAAGAGAAAGACAUACCUGCGUUGGAUGUUGCAGAUCAAGCAGGCACUCAGUACUCAAUGUUUGUGGACAAAAUCAAUGCUAAGCAAUCAUCUCUUUUCUGGGUAAUAGUGUCAUGCUACAAAAGGGACAUUCUGUUUUCUGGGUUCUUCGCAUUGCUCAAGGUACUCACUCUAUCUUCUGGUCCGUUGCUCGUAAAGGAAUUUAUUAAUGUAUCCUCAGGAAAAGAAGCUUUCAAGAAUGAAGGUGUUGUGAUAGCUCUUGGACUUCUUCUGUCUAAAUGCUUGGAGUCAUUAGCCCAAAGACAGUGGUAUUUUCAAACACGGAGGGUGGGAAUCCAAGUGAGGUCACUCUUGUCUGCUGCUAUUUACCGAAAGCAACAGAAAUUAUCAUGCUUUGCCAGUAUAAAACAUUCUUCUGGAGAGAUAACGAACUAUCUCAUAGUAGAUGCAUACAGGGUCGGGGAGUUUCCUUUCUGGUUCCAUCGGACAUGGACUACUGGCCUCCAACUCGGCAUUGCCUUGGCAGUACUAUACGACGCAGUUGGUCCUGCAACAAUAGCGUCUGUGCUUGUUAUAAUGCUUAGUGUUCUACUGAAUGCCCCUCUGGCCAGGCAACAACAAUAUUUCCAGAAGAAACUCAUGGAAGCUCAAGACAUGAGGUUGAAAGCUAUGUCCGAGUCUCUUGUGAACAUGAAGGUCCUGAAGCUUUAUGCAUGGGAGGCCCACUUCAAGAGUGUUAUCGAACAUCUUAGGGAGUUGGAGCUAAAAUGGUUGUCAGCAUUCCAGCUAGGAAAAGCAUAUACUAGUGUUGUCUUCUGGGCAUCACCUGCACUUGUUUCAGCGGCAACAUUUAUCGCAUGCUAUUUUCUGGGAGUCCCACUUAAUCCUAGCAAUGUAUUCACCUUUGUAGCUGCACUGCGCCUUGUUCAGGACCCUAUCAAUCAUAUUCCAAACGUUAUUGGCUCUGUAAUUCAAGCAAGGGUUGCAUUCUCUCGGAUAAGCAGUUUUCUUGGUGAAUCUGAGCUGCCAAAGGAUCAAAUUUCGAUGGAGCAUUGUGUGUGUAGUCAGUAUCCUAUAGUAUUCAAAUCUGGCUGUUUCUCAUGGGACAGCUCAGGAAAUUCAAAUCUGAGGAAUAUUAGUUUGGAGGUGAAAGCAGGAACGAAGGUAGCAAUCUGUGGCGAGGUUGGCUCAGGAAAAUCCACUCUUUUGGGAGCUAUUCUGGGAGAGGUCCCAAGGACAGAAGGAAUGAGUCAUGUUUGUGGGAAAAUUGCAUAUGUUCAGGAUGCAUGGAUUCAAACAGGAACUUUGCAGGAGAACAUACUUUUUGGGUCUAACAUGGACAAGCGAAGAUAUGAAAACACUCUCCGGCGGUGUUCUUUGGUGUAUGACCUUGAAAGCUUGCCUUUUGGUGACCGUACUCAAAUUGGGGAAAGAGGAGUUAAUCUUAGUGGAGGACAGAAGCAACGUGUCCAAUUAGCUCGCGCAUUGUAUCAUGAUGCAGAUAUAUAUCUUUUGGAUGAUCCUUUCAGCUGCGUUGAUGCACAUACUGCUGCAAGUCUUUUAAAUGAAUAUGUGAUGGGAGCUUUAUCUGAAAAGACAGUUCUGUUAGUAACCCACCAAGUGGAGUUCCUACACGCAUUUGAUUCUGUUGUCUUAAUGUCCCAUGGACAGAUCAUGCAUGCUAGUUCAUACCAAGAACUGCUAGUGUCUUCCAAACAAUCUCAGGACCUUGUGAAAGCACAUGAAGUCAGUACAGACAUUCCUAAUGUUAAAAAAAGGGCUUAUAAUGUAGGCAAGCAGUUUGAAAGGGACGCCGGUGUUAUUCACGGUAUGGCAAAAGAAUCCAUCAAGUCAUCAGCAUCUGAUCAACUAAUUAAAACAGAGGAGAGAGAAAUUGGCGACACUGGACUGAAGCCUUAUUUAAUGUAUUUGGGCCAGAACAAGGGCUACAUAUAUGCUAGUCUUGUUGCUAUUACUAACAUUAUUUUUGCAUCUGGGCAAAUAUUUCAGAACUCAUGGCUUGCUGCUAAUGUUCAAAAUUCCUGUGUAAGCAAAUUGAACCUUGUUCUGGUGUAUACAGCCAUUGGAUUUGGUUCAAUCAUUUUCUUGCUAUCUAGAGCUCUGUUAGUAGUUGAUCCUGGUCUCUGGACAUCAAGACCUCUAUUUGCCCAACUACUUAGUGCCCUAUUCUGUGCACCCAUGUCUUUCUACCAUUCCACUCCACUUGGAAGGAUACUUAGCCGUGUAUCAUCUGAUUUAAGCAUCAUCGAUCUUGAUCUUCCAUUUACAGUGUCCUUCAGUAUUUGUGCCACACUAAAUGCAUAUAUCAAUUUGAGUGUUUUGUGCUUCUUUACCUGGCAAAUUUUGCUUGUUGCUGCACCUGUUAUCAUCAUGGCUGUCAAAUUGCAGAGAUACUACUUAGCCUCCUCAAAGGAAUUGAUGAGGAUCAAUGGCACUACAAAAUCUCUAGUGGCCAAUCAUCUUGGAGAAUCGAUUGCAGGAGCAGUUACAAUAAGAGCCUUUAAGCAAGAAGAUCGUUUUUUUGCUAAAAGUUUGGAGCUUAUCGACAAUAAUGCAAGCCCAUCUUUCCACUGCUUUGCUGCAACUGAAUGGUUGACUCAACGUUUGGAGAUAAUGGGUGCUGCUAUUCUUUCCUCGUCCGCACUUGUUAUUACUCUUCUUCCUUCAGGAACUUAUAGCCCUGGUGCUGUAGGGAUGUUGCUCUCUUAUGGUCUGUCACUUAAUAUGUUAUUCCUGUUCUCUAUACAAAAUCAAUGUUCUCUUGCAAAUCAAAUAAUCUCUGUUGAAAGGUUGAGCCAAUACAUGGGUAUUGUAAGUGAGGCACCAUAUAUCAUGAAACAGAAUUAACCACCGGAUGCAUGGCCCUCUGUGGGUAAGAUAGAACUUGAAGGUUUGGAGAUAAAAUAUAAUCAAGAUGCUUCUCCACUACUUCAUGGAAUUACUUGCACAUUUCAAGGUGGCGAUAAAAUUGGGAUAGUCGGUCGAACAGGAAGUGGCAAGACAAGUUUGAUAAAUGCAAUUUUUCGUCUUGUUGAGCCUUCUGGAGGAAAGAUAAUCAUUGAUGACUACGACAUCACAGAAAUGGGGUUACAUGACUUGCGAUCUCGAAUUGGUCUUAUCCCUCAAGAUCCUAUACUCUUUUAUGGUUCCAUAAGAUAUAAUUUGGAUCCUCAAGGGCGUUUCUCGGAUGAACAAAUCUGGGAAGUUCUAGGCAAAUGUCAACUAAUUGAAGCAGUUAAAGACAAGCAAGGAUUGGAUUCACAUAUUGUGGAGGGAGGAUCAAACUGGAGCAUGGGCCAAAGGCAGUUACUUUGCUUGGCCCGUGCGCUAUUGAGAAGAAACUGCAUCUUGAUCCUUGAUGAGGCAACAGCAUCCAUCGAUACUGCAACUGAUGCUAUUAUUCAGAAGAUAAUCAGGACGGAAUUCAAGGGGAGCACAGUUAUCACAGUUGCACAUCGGAUGCCAACAGUGGUGGACUGCACCUGGGUACUUGUUAUUAACAACGGCAAAAUGGUAGAAUACAAUCGACCUAACACACUGAUGGAGAUGGAAUGAUCUUUUUUUAAGGAGCUUCUGAACGAGUACCGGCUGCAAGCAUCGAAAGGAGGCUUGUAGAAAAAUGUUAUGACUAUCCUGAAACACAUGAUCUAAGGUUAAAAAUUCUAAUUAUUAUGAUUGCCCUGAAUAGAUAUUUGUUAUCCUGUGAAAAAUAUUAUGUGCUUUAAUAAACAGUUUUCUUCCUUUAUUAUCAUAGACGAGAUACGACAUAAUCGGGUGGAUUUUCCUUUUGAAGCAUCAAGGAUAUAGAGCAUGUUUGGCUGCAACCCUGGAGCAGAGUCGCCUUGCGUUAGACCUGCCUGGAAUGUGCCAGGACGCUAUUUGGUUGGAGGCUUGGCUGUUUGGUUCGCGUCCUGUUGCCUUCACGCCUGACCUGAAGCCUGCUGGUAUACUGCCUGGAGGUUGUUCGGUUUGACUCUCGGGAAAAUAUCAGGUGAUACCGGUCCUUACAUGAUACCAUGAUGCCAACCUGCAAAAUUUGAAUUUAAACAUGUCAAAAAAUUCUUAAAAAAAUCAUGGAUAUUCACAAAAAAUAUCAUGGAUGUUCACUAAAAAAAGUUAUGGACAAUCGCUAAAAAAUUCAGAUCAAAAUUUGAAAUAGAGAAGGAGAAACAAAAAUGAAAAACCAUCAUGAUUAGUGUCAAAACAAGACAAAAGCAAGAAUGACACUAUUCACAUCUGAAUUUGUCUUUUUGUUUCUCUUUGUGUAUUUUGAAUUUUGAUCUGAAUUUUUUAGGGGUUGUCGACAUAUGUAUUGUGAACAUCCAUGAUUUUUUUUCAGAAUUUUUUGGGAUGUUUAAUUUGAGUUUUGCAAGUUGGUAUCAUGAUAUCAUUUAAGGAAUGGUAUCACCUGAUACUUUUGAGUCUAGAGGAAUAGAAGCUAGCCUAUCAACAUCUUGAUUAGCCUGCACAUGACCCAGGCACCCCGAUUAGCCUGGCCCAGGCGCUAGGAAUCGGUCAAACAGGCUCGCCUGGAGUAGCCUGGCGAUAAAUACUGAUAGUACCUUAUCCGGAUUUAUUAGUUCCCGUCGUAUUUUGGAUCAAAGUUUGAUCAUAUAUUUGACUAGUAAAAUGUUAAUGCAUGUAAUUAAAAUUAUAUUAUUGGAUUCAUAUUUGGAUGUACUCCUGUCUCAUAAUAUAAUAGUGCUUUUGACACUACACUAGUGUAAAACGCUCUUAUAUUAUGGGACAGAGGGUGUAGUUUUCAA